AAGACAUUCAGCAGAUACACAAAUAAAAGUGUUUGCAGGUAAUAAUACAAUGAACGAUUGUCAGAAAGACCGCCUUAACCCUCCGAAGUUCAAAGUGCACCAUCUCUUGGCUUUAAACCAAGAAAAGUAGUUGCUAUUUCCUCUACUACCUAGAAGGCUCUCCCUCUCUCGCUCUCUCUCUUAAAUCAUAAUCAAUGGAUACUGCUCAGUGGACGCAGUGCAUUGGAGUGGUUAAAUCCAUGGAAGGUUCAAGGGGGGCAGCGGCAGCAGCAGAGAGAAGAGCAAGACCUCAAAAGGAUCAAGCUGUGAAUUGUCCAAGGUGUAAUUCAACCAACACCAAGUUCUGCUACUACAACAAUUACAGUCUCUCUCAACCAAGAUACUUCUGCAAGACUUGUAGAAGGUAUUGGACUGAAGGUGGAUCUCUUAGAAAUGUUCCUGUGGGAGGUGGUUCUAGAAAGAAUAAGAGAUCCUCAUCUUCUUCUUCUUAUUCUUCUUCUUCAUCAAAGAAUAAGGUUCCUGAUCAUCAUGAUCUGAUGAUGAAUAUCACCUCAUCAUCACCUGUUGGCUUUCCUCAUCAAAACCCUAAUGAUAAGAUUCAUCAUCAUGCCCAAGAUCUUAACCUAGCUUACCCACCACUACUACUUGAUGACGUACCUCAAAACCCUAGUUCGACUAGUAGAACAUCUCAACACCAUGACCAGCAACAUCUCUCAGCCAUGGAGCUUCUCAACACAGGAAUUGCUAAUUCAAGAGGAUUGAUGAGUUCCUUCUUGUCCAUGCCUGUUUCAGCUGGGUUUUCCUUGCCAGCGGAUGACUACAAACCAACAACCCUUAAUUUCUCAUUGGAAGCUUUUCAAAGUAGUGGGUAUAAUGGCACUAGUGCUAACACUGCUCUUCAAGAGACUAGCAGUACUAGUGCUGCAAGGCUUUUGUUUCCAAUGGAGGAUAUGAAGCAGAUUCCAAACCCUACUACUACUAGUUCUAGCAGCAGUACUCAAUUUGAGCAGAAUAGAGGGCAAGGAGAUUCAACUGGGUACUGGCAAGGAAUGUUGGGUGGUGGAUGGUAACAAAAGAGAGUGGAUACAAGAAGAGUUGAGAUUAAUUGGGUUUUUUAUUUUAAAAAUAUUUUGGUUCUCUCUUUUGUUUGGAGUUUGAUUGGCUAAUUAAAGCUAAGUGAUGGGGGUAAAUUGGUUUCUUUUCCUAGCCUAGCCUACUUAAUUAAUUUCUUUGUGUUUUUUAGUCUUGUGAUAUUUUAAAUAUUACUCUCUGAUGAUCAA